AUGCUUGAAUCAAGGACUGAGUAUAGCCGGCAUAUUACCGACUUUAUCCUGUCUGUGGCUGCUUACUUGAUGUUGCUCGUAAGGUGCGCUGUGACCAAGCUUAUCCAAAAUGCAAUCGAUGCAUCAAAGCAGGACGCCACUGUAAAGGCUACGGCAUGCAGUUGUCUUGGCCACGUCGGAAUGAUACACGACGGGCUAUGGUUGGUCCUAGACCGCGCCUUAAGGCUGCACGAUGUAGUAUCUACGUCGGAUAAGACUUAUGGAGUACACAUGCUGGGGCUGCCUGAGGUUCCCUUUGGUUCCCCUGAUGCUAGCCCUCUUGAGGCAUCAGGGCCACUCUCAUUGAUCAACGGGCCGGCAGUGGGACCCAUAGCUCGACUCAAUCCAGCCGAUCAGAGUUCCUUUCAGUACUUCAUGCAGACAGCCUCAUACUCCAUCACGUCGUUUGGUCAUGAUGCUCCAAGAGUCCGGGAACUGCUGAUCCAGAUAGCCCUGUCGGACUUGUCGCCUUCAUCAACAGCAGUUCUCAAAUCUGCUCUAGCACUCGCAUCCUUCCAUCGCGGCAACCCACUUCAAGCAACGGCCCAGUAUAAAGUAGCCGCCCUGCGAAAACUAGCAGAGUCAACACAAGGCCGCAUCAGUGUUACCGAUUCAGCCUGCCAUAUCGCAGCAGGCAUGAUUUUAAGUACACUAGAGAUCCAGCAGAACUCCAUGAAGUCAAGUCAUUGGCUAUGGUAUGCUUGUGGCGCUGCCAAGAUCGUCAAGACAGCUGGGCUAGAUGUAGAUAACUUGGACCAUGACACCGCUGCUCUUGUGGGCUGGGUACACUAUUAUAAUACGCUAUCUAGGUUCAGUUUGCGCCACUGGCAGCCACAUGUCACUCUGGAUGCUGACGGAGCUGCUGAUUCGUUUCAUCCAGUUGUAUGCGGUAACGGACAGCCCGAAAGUCUUACAGGAGCGCCGCAUGAGAUAUUAUACCUUCUGUCAGAAGCUUUCAACGCCGUGACAGUGCCUUCCGACCCACGUUAUGAAACGAAGGCUCAUAGAAGCCAUCUUCAAAUACUAGAUUGGAAGCUGCGCAACCUUGAGAAGAAGGUACCGGACAACAACGCUUCUGCUGAUACAACGCAUCCAGCAUUUGAUCUGGUGGUCGAGCUGUACCGUUUAUCUACUCUGAUCUAUCUCAGGCGAGCUUCCGCAGGAAUCCUCCCACUAGAUCAAAAGUUCACAACAUGGGUCGGACAAGCAUUUGAAUUGCUUGGACAACUACCUGCCUGCCAAUGGCCAUUUCCUUUACUCAUCUUUGGCUGUGAGGCAGAAAGCGAUAGGCAAAGGAUGGUCGUUCUGGAAGUCAUGGACAGGACGAUUGAGAACAUGCAGUAUCGAAAUAUUGCGACUGUUAAAAGAGUCAUCGAGACGGUCUGGGUGCAAAAGGACUUGUAUACGGAAGAUAUGAAUUAUGUUCGGAAGUUGGGGGUUAUUCUGAGCUCGACUCAUAAGUCGGUACCAGCGUUUAUAUAAAACAAAGGCAUUAAAUCCAAAACAUCUAAACUA